CGUACACAGCUGAUGACGUGUUCACUGCCCUGUGUUAGCCGAACAGCUAACUCGGCUAAGUUACCUGUACGAUCUGAACUGCCCUGGGAAAUAAAGUUAUAAAUCACAAACUACACGACACAACGCACGAUAUCGAGACAUGGAGACGCUUUAUCACCAAACCAAUAAACAAAUUCAGGAGGUCCAGUCACUGAUGGGAAACCUGGAGAGAACAGACCGACAGUCAGUGCACUUAUUAGAAAAUGAGCUGUUUGGAAGAAUCGAGCAGAUCUUCAAUCAGUUAGAACGUCUUGAGAUCCUCGCCAGCAAAGAGCCACCAAACCGCCGGCAGAACGCUAAAUUACGAGUGGACCAGCUUAAAUAUGACACUCAGCAUCUUCGAACUGCUUUGCAAAAUUUCCAACACAGACGAUACACCAAAGAAGCCCAAGAGCGAGAGAGAGAGGAGCUGAUGAGCCGAACCUUCACAACCAAUGAUGCUGAUACUUCCAUACCCAUAGAUGAGACUCUACAGUUAAACUCGAGUUUGCACAACGCACACAGAGGCAUGGAUGACCUGUUGGGCAGCGGCAGCAGCAUCCUCAAUGGACUGAGAGAUCAGAGGGGCACACUCAAGGGAACUCAUAAGAAAAUGUUGGAUGUGGCAAACAUGCUGGGGCUUUCUAACACAGUGAUGAGGCUAAUAGAGCGGAGAGCUACCCAAGAUAAGUUCAUCAUGAUUGGAGGGAUGCUGGCGACCUGCGUCUUUAUGUUUUUAGUGAUCAGAUACCUCGGCUGACCCACCCCCUACUGGAUAAGAGCGGAAAUAUAUCGUGGACUUUGUAUUUUUGUCAUCCCUGAUUAAUAUGAAUAGUGGCACAAAGGUAAAAAAAAAAAAAAUGAGUAGUUGCCUAAACACCAUUGCAGUUUUUGUGUAACAUACUUCAGCCACAAGAUUCAUCGAUCUUAAUAUCUAAUAUUUAAACCCACAGGAAUUCACUGCCAUAUACGCAGGAUUUUCUAAGACCACUUAUGAUGAAAACAGCUUUAUGAUUUUAUCAGUGUUAAUGUCAUUCUGCCUUCUCAAACACAGUUUAUCUUAUUUACUUUUCUAAUUCUGCACUUAAAUUUCUUUUAAAUGUAUACAAAAUGUUUACUAUAUUUCAAAGGUAGAGUUUGGCAAACAGAAUAUUUAAAUUCAAUAAAUUGUGCAUUUCUAUUCUGUUAGGUAUUUGAUGAUUAUCAGAGAAACACAGCUUGGAGACUCAUGUGCCAUGAUGGGCCGCUACUGUACACUCACCGGGACUGUAGAUAUUUUAAACUAUUUCAUUAUAAAAGCAUUCUACUUCAUGCAUUUUUCAAACUUCAUCUACACUCAGUCUCUUUACUACCUUCAUACUGUUUAGUACCACUGUGUGACUGACUAAAUUCAUAAUAAAAAAUCUCUAUUAUUU